AUGGCAUCUCCCAAGAGCGCCCAGAAAGGUUACGAGGAGGUUCCCGUCGAGGAGCCCCUCCAUCACAUCCGUAUCACUCUCACCUCCAGGAACGUUAAGGCUUUGGAGAAGGUGUGCUCCGAGUUGAUGGCUGGUGCCCACGAGAACGAGCUUACUGUUGCUGGUCCCGUCCGCAUGCCCACUAAGGUCCUCAAGAUCACCACUCGUAAGUCCCCUAAUGGAGAGGGUACUAACACGUGGGACAGAUUCGAGAUGCGUAUCCACAAGCGUUUCAUCGAUCUCCAGGCCACCCCUAAGGUUGUGAAGGACAUCACUUCCAUCUUCAUUGAGCCCGGUGUAGAUGUUGAGGUCACCAUUGCUCAGAGCUAA